UCGCGAUAUCAGAGAACUUCAGUUGCAAGCAAAAUGAAUUUCAGUGUUUUAAAAACAAGAUGUGUAUUCCCAUCACCUGGAGAUGUGAUUUUGAAAUGGACUGCCCAGAUGGUUCAGACGAGAAAAACUGUCAAAUUGAUGCAGCCGCUCCAGCACAGCCAACRAAUCGAAUGAUAGAGCCAAAAGUCAUGGCCAAAAAGUGCUUCGUGUACUCGUGGAUGAAAGCGUGCAAUUGCACGAUCCAAAUUGAUGCRAAGMUCUCAAUGGCAAACAUGAGCAAGAUGAUUGGCCCAUUYAAGAUAACAAAACCGUUCACCAAAGGCGAUAAACAGGGGGUGUGUUUUCAUAACAAGGGUGUCGAUGCGAUGUGUUGUGAUGAURUMCUYAACGGAACUAAGGCURCAGCGCAGACUGUUGACUUUGGAGACUAUGUCUACAUUGCUUUUAAUCUGACUCGUACUAAUGCGAAAAACGAAAGCACGACUUCUGUAGAUGCGAAAAGGAUGGUGCCUUGGAAGAUGGCAUGCAUGAAUAACCCUUGUAUGUAYGGGACAUGCGCAGCAGAUGGGAAAUCCUACAAAUGUACAUGUGAAAGCGGCAUAACCGGGACAAACUGCACUGACCUUACAGGCUGGAAAAAAUACAUGGGGAAAUGCCUGAGAAACGGCAAAGUCGUGAAAACAGUCGACCAAUCGCUCUCCAAAUGUGCGGAAACCUGCAAGUCCAUGAACAGCAAGAAAAGUCACGGAUGCAAAGCUAUCCAGUACAAGAAAAAGCAAUGCCAACUCUUUGCUGUGAGCAUGAAGUUUGACAAGAAGAAACAUAUUGAUUGCUCCAACUCUACACUUUUUGAGCUAGAGAAACUGCCAGACCUCACUGGCUAUGCUGAUUCUUUGACCUCAUCGUUCGUUAAUGUUCUUUGUCUUKCAUUUUUCGCUCUUWUCCUCAUGUAAAUWGCCCCAAACGCAUAUAACGGAAAGAAAGUGAUUUUUGUAGGGUUUGUUUAGGAGGGUGGGGAGGGUGGAGUCACUGCGGGUAAAGUUAAUCGACUCAUGAAGUUUCCUUUUAACUUACAUACAAUUGUAGCUUCCCAUGUUUUUUCCUUUAUAAGUUAAAUAUCACUCUUUAUCCGUCAUGCAUAGUAAAUGUUUUUGGUAAUAAUUCCGCUUUAAGCAAAAGAAGUACCUUAAGAUGAUUACUUUGAACAGCACAGUUUACUCAUGUAUUCCGCUCGAUAAAAGCUUAACAAGUAUGCUGAUCAAUUUCCAUUUUAUUUAACUCUACACCGAAAAUUGAAUACAAUUAAUAAGUAAUUAAUAAUUAAUUCAAUAAGGAAAUGCAUAUGAAUAUGACAUUAACAAUAAAAAAACUACUGGAAAAAACAA